AUGGAACUGAAACUAUUGCUAAGGCAGGUGGGCUCCAUAGUCCGUGCUAUCCUGACAUUCCUCUUUGCCCUGGUGGUGCUGGGGGUGAUGGUGUGGGCCUACGUCCAGGGCUUCCAGCUGGCCACCUCCCCGUACGGCAUCAUCUCCUUCGGCUUCUACGGCCUCCUGCUGGGGCUCCAUGUCCUGUUCCAGAGCCUGUUUGCCUUCGUGGAGCACCGCCGCAUGAGGGCCCGAAGCAAGGCCUGCACCUUCACCAAGACCAUUGGCUUCACUAUCUCAGCCUACCAGGAGGACCCAGAGUACCUGCGCGAGUGCCUCAACUCCAUUCGGGCCCUCAAGUACCCUCCAGAGCUGCUGCAGGUCCUCAUGGUGGUGGAUGGGAACUCGGAGGAUGACAUUUACAUGCUGGAGAUGUUUAGGGAGGUGUUUGCAGACCAGGACCCUGGCUGUUACGUGUGGAGGAAUAACUACCACACGUGGGACCCCACCCAGACCCAGAAGGCGGGCAUCCUUGAGGUGAUAGGCACCGCUGGGGACGCUAGUUAUGGACUGGGAGAGGACCCCCAGAGGAGGGAGGUGGAGGAUCUGAUCAACAGCAGGAGGUGUGUGUGCAUCAUGCAGAAGUGGGGUGGAAAGAGAGAGGUGAUGUACACAGCGUUCAAGGCACUGGGACAGUCGGUGGACUACAUACAGGUGUGUGACUCUGACACCAAGCUAGACCCCCUGGCUACGGUGGAGCUGUGUAAGGUUCUGGAGAGCAACCAGAAGUACGGGGCUGUGGGAGGAGACGUGAUGAUCCUCAACCUCAAGGAGUCCUACAUCAGCUUCAUGAGCAGCCUGCGCUACUGGAUGGCGUUCAACAUUGAGAGGUCCUGCCAGUCCUUCUUCAACUGUGUCUCCUGCAUCAGCGGCCCCCUGGGUCUGUACAGGAAUGACCUCCUCCAGCAGUUCUUAGAGUCCUGGUACAACCAGAAGUUCCUGGGGACUCACUGUACAUUUGGGGAUGACAGACAUCUCACCAACCGCAUGCUCAGCAUGGGCUAUGCCACCAAAUACACGGCCCGCUCCAAGUGCUACACGGAGACGCCAGGCCAGUUCCUCCGGUGGCUCAACCAGCAGACACGCUGGACCAAGUCUUACUUUCGCGAGUGGCUCUACAACGCCAUGUGGUGGCACAAGCACCACCUGUGGAUGACCUACGAGUCCAUCGUCUCUGGUGUCUUCCCCUUCUUCGUUACGGCCACCAUCAUCCAGCUGUUCUGGACAGGCACCCUGUGGGACAUCCUCUGGGUCCUCUGCUGCAUCCAGCUCAUCGGCCUGAUCAAGGCGGCCUAUGCCUGCAUCCUGCGCCGCGACCUGGUCAUGGUGUUCAUGUCCCUCUACUCUGCUCUCUACAUGACCAGCCUGCUGCCCGCCAAGUACUUUGCCAUCAUCACCAUGAACAAGAGCAGCUGGGGCACGUCGGGCCGCCGCAAGAUGGUUGGGAACUACAUCCCCCUGCUGCCUCUGUCGGUGUGGGCGGCCAUCUUGCUGGGCGGGUCCUGCUACACCAUCUACAAGGAGAGCCAGAAGGGCUGGUUCACGCCGGCUAAGGUACUAGAGACCAGGUUUCUGAUCUACGGCUGUGUGGCGUACGUCUCCUACUGGUUCCUCAUGAUCUUCCUCUACUGGGUGUGGUUCCGCAGGCUGUGUAGGAAACGCUCCCAAAGUUAUGACUUAAGCGUAUAG